AUGCUAGCAAUGGUAGGAGACAGGUCUAUUGAACAGAUCAAAACCGUCUCAAGCACCUACAUGGCGGCAGGCCCGUCUGAACGCACAAUGGAAGCCGUCUCGAUGAUUAAUUUGAAAAUGUACCGUAAUGCGACGAUGAUGAUUGAAUUCGCCUUGGCCAUGUCGCAGAUACUCGAUCAGCUGAAUCGUGAUUCAUUCCAGAACUUUGAGUUACGGAUAGGCAUGAUGUUGCCCACUCGUGCUCGGCGUUUCGGCGCUCAAAAGCCGCAGUACGACAUCUGGGGAAAUGUAACUCCAGAAAUGGGUGAAAUUUUGAAGCGUGGUGGCUACCGUGUUCAAAGUCGUGGAAAGAUCAAAGUGAAGGGCGUGAAGGAACCGAUGGAGACAUUCCUGAUAGAAAUCGACUCGAAAAGAAAUUCUUCCGUCUCAAAUAUCUCGAACCAUCCAAGUACAUCCUGA